UUUCCCCUUUCUCACUCCCUCUUGUCAAAAAAAUUCUUCUCUCUCCAAUAUUGAAGCAGCUCCCGCGCGUUUUGCUCCUCUCAUUCUCACUCUUCUCCUCCAUUGAAGCGCACUUUGAGUUCUCCAUUAUUGAAGCGCACUCCGAGUUCUCCAUUGAAGCGCACUCCGAGUUCUCCAUUGAAGCGCACUCCGAGUUCUCCAUUAGUGAAGCGCACUCUGAGUUCUCCAUAGAAGCGCUGUAUGAGUUCUCCAUUGAAGCGCUGUCUGAGUUCUCCAUUGAAGCGCUCAUAGCUCUCCAUUAAAGCUUGCCCUGCGCAUGAUAAGCUUUGGAUGUGAUUACCACUGGGCCCAAAAAGAUUCUCGCUUUGAUCAAGAGGAUUAAAGAGGAUGAUAAGAUGAUACAAGCCGAGGGUGUUGAGUCACUUUCAGAGGCAGAGCUUCGUCAAGCAUGUAGAGAUAGAGGUUUACUUGGUUUGCUUUCUGUUGAAGAGAUGCGUCAACAGCUGCGUGAUUGGUUGGACUUAUCUCUCAAUCACUCUGUUCCGUCAUCUCUUCUUAUUCUUUCCAGAGCCUUCAAUGUGUCUGGAACAAUCAAGCCUGAGGAAGCCGUGGAGUUUGCUAUUUCCUCUUUGCCAGAUGAGGUUGUUGAUACCAUUGGAGCAACAUCUUUGCCUUCUGAGGAUGCAGUUUCAGAAAGGAGGAGAAAGUUAGAGUUCCUUGAAAUGCAGGAAGAAAUGAUCAAGAGGGGAAGAUACUUGUUGAAGACAUUGUUAGGCUAGGCAGUCAGAAGCAUGGUGAGGAAGCUGAAUCUGAAAGAUGAAUAGAUUCAAGAUUUAUCCACUUUAGAAGUAAAUAUUUAUUGAAUGCUUAACUAUUAGCUUAGGUAGAACAACAUAAUAUUUUUAGUGUUGUUGUAUAUGUUACUACUUCAGUUUUUAUAUUACGUCGUAUUAAUUUUUACGAAA